AAUUAUAAAAAGAACUCUUGUUUUUAUCGUCUGUCGUACCUUUUCUUCAAUCUUGUCACUCAUACUUCAUCCCUCACCUUAUAACAAAUUGUCAUAAAUGUCCCAUAUACAAACUGAGGUCUUUGCACAUCCAAUGUCCUCGAACUCAUAUUCUUAUUUAAUUACUGAAGAAGACGAUGUUGUAUUAGAAGAACUUACAUCCAGUUUACUAACAACUUCCACUAUCAACGAAUGGCUACAAAAGAGUCCCCGAGCAAAGGCAACUCUUGUUUUACAGCCCUCCUCUUCUACUCAAACAAGCAAUUCAGUGCAAGAAGAAGAUUUUUAUACAAUUCAGGUGCCAGUUUACGCUCUUCGUCGUCGAAAUGCUAUUGUUGCUGAUCUACCAGAUGCACCUCUCUAUCAUCACCAACAUUAUUAUACCACGGCAAUCAUGAAUUAGACCCAAUUUUUAGACUGAUUACUCUUCACUAACGCAUUUUAGACUGUAUACAUAUUAUUACGCUCGCAUAUUCCAUAUCCUUUG